GACCCCCUACUCCAGCUCGUAAUGGUUUGUCCACAGCACCCCUAGUCUUCUCUCUGCCCCCAAACAAAUUGCCCCGACUCUUUGAGCAGGUAAAGAGGGUCUUCCCCUUGGGGUGGCUCCCUCCGCCUAGUGGCUCCUGUCCUACCCUACUAGUUUGUCCCGUCCCUGCUCAGCUUGUGAGACAAACAGGCUCUUCCCAGCCAGGCGGUGGUGGUGGUGGUGCACACCUUUAAUCCUAGGCCUCGGGAGGCAGAGGCAGGCUGAUCUGCAAGAGCUAGUUCCAGGACAGGAUCCAAAGCUACAGAGAAACCCUGUCUUGAAAAACAACAACAACAACAACAACAAUAAAUGAAACAGGCUCUUCCCUUGAUUCCCGCCUGGUUUCCGACUCCUCAUUCAAGGUAUAAGGAUUCUUUGAAAGAAGACCUUCAGCAAGCAGAUCUUGUCAUCAGCCACGCAGGUGCAGGAAGUUGCUUGGAGAGUCUGGAAAAAGGCAAGCCACUUGUGGUAGUUGUAAAUGAAAAGUUAAUGAACAAUCAUCAAUUCGAAUUGGCAAAGCAGUUGCACAAAGAAGGACAUCUCUUCUAUUGUACCUGCAGCACGCUUCCUGGGCUGUUACAGUCAAUGGAUUUAUCAACACUGAAAUGUUAUCCUCCUGGCCAGCCAGAAAAAUUUUCUGCAUUUUUGGAUAAAGUUGUUGGAUUACAAAAAUAAACUCUCAACACUUUAAAAUACCCCUAAAUCCAGUUCAUGAAAUGUGAUAAAAUCAAAAUAAGUUUAUGAAAUGCAUUUGUAGAACAAUACAAAUUAAUAUAUUUACUAUAAAAAUAGAAUAUAUAGAGAAUUUUGUGGCAUAAACAUUGCAGUUGGGUCCAAAUCCUAAUCAGUAAAUUUAUGAAGCUUCUCUAACAUUGAGUAUGUAGUGAUGUAGUGAGUUCCUAACUUUGAAAAUGUAGUCUUCACAGUUUUGUCCUAGAAUCUUAAAUGGAUAUCUGAUUGCUUAAGCAACAACAACAAAACCCAGCAAAAACAACCUGGGCACACCUUUGAUGAGGCUUAGGCAGGUGGAUUUCUGAGUUCAAGGCCAGUCUGGUCUACAGAUUAAGUUUCAGGGCAGCCAGGGGUACACAGAGUAACUCUGUUUCCAAAAACUGAAACAAACAAAAACACAAAACUGAAAAUAUUGAAAAAUGUUAAUAGAAAUCAGAUAUUAGUAACAUGUUACUUUGAAGAAAAGAAUAAAAUGCUAACAUUGUAACAUUUGGUGAGAAAGUCAGCAUCUGUUGGUUUAUAAUCUUGAGACAGCUUUUUUUGUAUUAUGCAGAGAAAAAUGGGUUUACUUUGUGGGAGCUAAUAGUUAUCUGAAAAAGAUGAUCAAAGUAAUUGAUCUACUGUACUUCAAGUAAAAGUUCACCUUUUGAACUUCUGAUCCUUCAAGUGUUGAGAUUACAGGCACACACUACCACACCUGAUAAUAUUUGUUCCUCUGAGAAGGGCUGGGGAGAUGGCUCAGUGAAAAAAGUGUACUUGGUGCACAAGUGUGAGGACCUGAGUUUGCAUCCUCAUAAUCAACAUUAGUCAGGGAUGGUAGUGUGUAUCUAGAAUCCCUUUGCCCAAGAUGAGAUGGUAGAUGGAGACAGAAUCCCUUGAAGAUAUUGGGCUAGCCAGCCUGGUGUUCACAACAGUGAGUGGCAAAAAGAGAUCCUGUAUCAAACAAGUUGGAAAUUAACCAUUGAGCUUGAGGUUUUCCUCUUAUUUCCACCAGCUGACCAUGGCACACAUCCCUACAUUCACAUGAAUGAAUGCAUACACACAUGUAAGUAGAAUGUGAUAAUCUUAUCAGUGCUUUAAAGAAUAGAGAAUAAAUCCAAAGAUAUAACAGUAUGACUUGGUUGUUUUUUAUUUACAUUUUUAAUUUUGUGUGUGUAUGGAUAUGUUCAUGUGUAAGUCAGAAGACAACUGGGAUGUUUCUGUCCUUCAGCCAUGUUAGUCCCUAGGAUCAAAUGUGGGUGUCUAGGUUUGGCAGCAGGACAUUUGCUGGCGAUCCAUGUCAUUGGUCUAUUCAUUUGGAUAGACAUAGUAGGGUUUGAACUUACGACCUCACACAUGCUGGGUAAUAGGCUCUACCACUGAGUUACUUUAAUUCACAUCUGGUGGCCGAAGCGAGCUCAGUAGUUGAGUUGUAUUUCAGAGGACAUAAGUUUGGUUCUUAAAAUAUAUGUUAACUUAGAGGGCACGGGUUCUAUUAUCAAUAUCCACAUGGCGGGGUAUCCUACCCCCUCUGCCUUUGUGGACACCAGGCGUGUGUGUGGUGCACAGGUAUACAGAAAAAUAACUAUAUGAAAACCCAAAAUUAAAUACCUUCUACAGUGAUGAAAUGUAUGACAGAAUUUGGCAAUAUUUAUGUUUUAUAAAAAUUUUACAUUGUGUGAUAUGUAUAAUUGCUUAAAUGCAUAGUUUUUAAAUUACAAGAACUCAAUAUAUAAAAUUUCUGAGUUUGGUCUCAGAACUUUUAAGAUAAUAUAUUUAAGACUAAUAGUUCAUUGGUAGAAAUUUUAGAUACAGUUUAUCCAUAAAAAUAGAAAUUUGAGAGUUUGGCAUGAUGGUGCUGUAAUCCCAGCACUCUGGAAUUCAGCUGUGCUACAUAGUUUCAGGUUCUUCUGAGCCUAUGCAGUAAGAAAUUAAAUCAGGUGAAUAGAUGGGAUCGUGACUGUUAAAGGCAUAACUUUUGUUUCAAACAUUUUACUUGGCAAUGUAUUUGCAUAUAUUAGACUUAUUUUCUUGAUUGUCCCUUACUUGGGUUAAUACUAAAUUUUACUGAUGGUAAAAGUAGGUUCUUGAGAAAAUACUCUGAAUUAAAAUUUUGGUGAGAAUUAGAUAUCUAAGUGUAAAUAGUUCACAUUUCACAUCUUCAUAGGUGAGAAUUAAUAGUAAUUAUGCCUUUAUUAUAUAUAGUUAUCUUUUUUAAGAAAAUGUGCCUAUUUAUUUGCAUGCCUGUGCUUGAGGAGGCCUGAGAACAAACUCAGGGUUUAUCUCCAAAUAACAUCUACUUCUAAGUUGAUUGCUCCCUGGCCAGGUCACUUACUAGACUAGAUGGGCUGGCCAGUGAGCACCUUGUUUCCACCUCAGUUUUGAGCUUAUAAUCCCAUUGUAUCAUGUAUUGCAUUUUUAUGUCCUUGGUGGAGCACUUGCUCAAGUCCUUGCAAGGCACACACUACUAAGACACAUUCUUAGCCUUUCACCAGCUCUAUACUAAUUUUUUUUAAUAAAUUUAUUUUAUUUAUUAUGUAUACAAUAUCCUGUCUGUAUGUAUGCCUGCAGGCCAGAAGAAGAGGGCACCAGACCUCAUUACAGAUGGUUGUGAGCCACCAUGUGGUUGCUGGGAAUUGAAAUCAGGACCUUUGGAAGAGCAGGCGAUGCUCUUAACCCUCUGAGCCAUUUCUCCAACCCCCUAUACUAAUUUUACAAAAGGUUUUAUUUAACAUCUAGAGAUAAAAGCCUAAUGUUUAAUUGGUCUUUUAUUUUUUUUUUAUUUAUUUAUUUUUUUUGGUUUUUCAAGACAGGGUUUCUCUGUGGUUUUGGAGCCUGUCCUGGA